AUGAUACGAUCAUCUUGCGUUUUCUAAUGUUUCGUAAACAAUCUUUGCGGACAUCUUGAUAGAUAUCGACGGAAAAGAAACGUAAGAAUAGCUGCAGAAGAAAGCGUUAUACGAAACGAUACAAUCGUUUUUAUUUCGUCAUAAUUAAAAAAUAAAGUAGCGAUAUAAUUAGAAAAAAUGCGUGAGUGUCUAUCAGUGCACGUAGGACAAGGCGGAGUUCAAAUAGGUAACGCCUGUUGGGAAUUAUACUGUUUGGAACAUGGAAUUCAACCCGAUGGGCAAAUGCCCUCGGAUAAAACAGUUGGAGGAGGGGAUGACAGUUUCAAUACGUUUUUUAGCGAGACAGGUGCGGGAAAACACGUUCCAAGAGCUGUUUUUAUGGACUUAGAACCUACUGUAGUAGACGAAGUACGUACAGGAACUUACAGGCAACUCUUUCAUCCGGAACAACUGAUCACAGGGAAAGAGGACGCAGCAAAUAAUUAUGCGAGAGGUCAUUACACCGUAGGCAAGGAAAUUGUGGAUUUGGUAUUAGAUCGAUUACGCAAAUUAGCCGAUCAAUGUACGGGACUCCAAGGCUUUCUUAUUUUCCACGCUUUUGGCGGUGGUACCGGAUCUGGAUUUACCAGCCUUUUGAUGGAACGAUUAUCCGUUGAUUACGGGAAAAAAUCCAAACUUGAAUUUGCUAUCUAUCCGUCGCCCCAGAUAUGCACGGCGAUAGUUGAGCCAUACAAUUCCUUACUAACUACUCAUACGACUCUCGAGCAUUCGGACGCCGCUUUUAUGGUAGACAAUGAAGCGAUUUACGAUAUCUGCCGGCGUAAUCUCGACAUAGAGAGGCCGACUUAUACGAAUCUGAACCGUUUGAUCGGUCAGAUCGUCUCUUCCAUUACCGCGUCUCUGCGCUUCGACGGUGCUCUGAACGUUGACCUUACUGAAUUUCAAACGAACUUGGUACCUUAUCCGCGAAUUCAUUUUCCACUUGCCACUUAUGCACCGGUUAUCUCGGCCGAAAAAGCAUAUCAUGAACAAUUAACGGUGGCAGAAUUGACCAACGCCUGCUUCGAGCCGGCCAACCAAAUGGUAAAGUGCGAUCCACGACAUGGUAAAUACAUGGCUUGCUGCAUGUUAUACAGAGGUGACGUUGUACCGAAAGAUGUUAAUGCCUCGAUUGCUACUAUCAAAACCAAACGUACCAUACAAUUCGUUGAUUGGUGUCCAACUGGAUUUAAGGUCGGAAUAAAUUAUCAGCCACCUACGGUUGUACCGGGCGGCGAUCUCGCUAAAGUUCAACGCGCGAUCUGCAUGUUGGCCAAUACGACCGCCAUCGCCGAGGCAUGGAGCAGGCUCAAUCAUAAAUUCGACGUUAUGUACUCGAAGCGUGCCUUUGUACAUUGGUACGUAGGAGAGGGUAUGGAGGAAGGUGAGUUUUCAGAAGCACGAGAAGAUUUAGCGGCAUUGGAGAAGGACUAUGAAGAAGUUGGUUUGGAUUCGGUUGAGGGAGAGGGCGAAGGAGGAGAGGAAUAUUAAUUUGUCAUUAGUCUAGAAAACUCUCGCUUAAUGCUAAAGAAUUUUGUAUUAAAUUAAAUAAUGUUACUCUUUGAUAUUAUUCUGGUCGUAAUAAAAGCACUAAGAAAUUA